AUAAAGGAAUGGCUUCGGGGUUUGCUCAGCACUACGUGGAAUGUACAACAUGCGAUAGCAAUGCUGAGUACCACUGCAACACUUGUCAAUUUGACUUGUGUCAGACCUGCAAAGAGACCCAUCAACGAAAGAAGAAAACAGAAAACCAUGACGUUGUUCUCUACAAAGAAAGAAAAGAAAAAGUACAGGAAAGGUGCUACACCCACAGCGACAAAAUAUAUGACGCCUGCUGCAAAGAAUGCGAACUACCUGUUUGUAUGAAAUGUAUAAAGGAAAGUCAUUCGUGUCACGCCAUUGUAGAAAUCGAAGAGAUUUUCAAUGAGAAGCUUAAAGUAUUUAACAAGCAAAUACAAGAGUUAAAAGAAAAAAUAAUUCCACAGUGCGAGGAUGUUCAAAAGAAUAUAAGCAAAGAAAUGGAAAAGUGUAGGAAAUCACUCUCACGAAUUCGAUCAGAUUUAUUAGCUACCGCCAAAUCAAUUAAGGAUCUGGUAGACUUAAUACUUAAAGAGAAAACGGAGAAGUUAAGUAAAAUUGAAGACAGUCUUACGAGGGAAUUGCAAUCUCAUGAAAAAGAGUUGAAGACAUACACCAACGGUCUGAAUUCCAUCAUCGAAGAUUUUGAAGUUCUAAGGAGAACAGACAAAAAAGCCGAGUUUAUAAUAAAACACAAAGAAAAAUUACAAAUAAACCACUUACAGUCACUCAAGGACAUGUAUCACAAUCCAUCUCCAUCGUUCACGCCGUGUCCUGUCUCCAAGGAGCAGAUUGAGAAAUUUUUUGGGGAUGUUGUUGAAAAGCCGCCAAUACCUUUACCCGGUACAUCUGAUCUGCAUCGCCUUGUUGAAAAUGCUAGGAUUUGUCCUAAUUUUGAAAUAGCCAGGACUUUUGAAGAAAUUGGUUAUUUUGAUGUGUCCAGAGUUAAAGCUAUACACCAUCUUGCUUUCCAAGACGAAAAUACAUUCUGGAUCAAUGAUGGGUCUGGAUGUCUAGGACAGACAGGCAUGCAAGGGCCAAAAUUACACACGAUCCAAACUGUUUCUUGUGGAGAUGGCAUUCAUACACUCACAGAACAAGGAAUUCUAUAUAUUGGACCAAAUAAACAUAAUAUAUACUUAUCAGACAGAAAGGGAAAAAUAAAAGAUUUCAUUACUGUUAACAACUGGGAGUUAUUCAGUGUCUACAAAAGUCGUUUGAAUGGCGAUAUCCUUGUUGGAAUGACACAAGGAUCCACAGCUCGAGUCACGAGGUACAGUGAGGAUGGCUUAGUCCUUCAACAUAUUCAAUACACUGCACAGCAAAUGGGACCAUUUCCAAGUCCACACUUUAUAACAGAAAACAAGAAUGGCGAUGUGAUAGUGACAAACAACUCAUAUAAAUAUGCGUCUGUAGUUGUGGUAGACAGUUCGAGAAGAUACAGAUUUAGCUAUACAGGAAACCCCUCAAACUCCUUGGAAAGUCCCUGGGGAGUAGUGACAGAUAUUCUAAAGAACAUUCUGAUUUGUGACUAUGAUAAUAAGAAGAUUCACAUUAUCAACGAGGAUGGCGUGUUUCUGGCACACAUAGAAGUAAAUAAGUACGGUUGCCCUACUGCUGUUGAUGUUGAUGCUAUGCACAACGUCUGGGUGGGAUUUUUGAAUUCUGGAACAAUCAGAAAAUUUCGAUAUCUUCAAGAAUGUGACUAACGUCCAUCUGUUCCACUAGCAUACAAGAAAAAAAAUCUAGUUGUCAGAUCCUUUUUAUGUAAAAUUAAUCUGCAUAUAUAUUAUC